AUGGCGCGGAAACUGGAGGAGUACAUCGAAAAGAUUCAUUACUCUGAUCGUUAUUCGGACGAUGAAUACGAAUAUCGCCAUGUCAUUCUUCCCAAACAACUCUUAAAGAUGAUCCCCAAAGAAUACUUCGGCCCGGAGGAUUCUGGCGUUCUACGACUGUUAACAGAGACUGAAUGGCGAGGCAUCGGAAUCACUCAAAGCCUUGGUUGGGAGCAUUACGAAGUUCAUGCCCCGGAACCACAUGUACUUCUAUUCCGACGCCCCAAGGAUUAUGUGGCACCUACCCAGCCCGCGAAUAGAUUCAAGGAUACGAGGAGAAAGUAG